CUGGUUGCAGAUCAAACCAGCAUCUCCUUCACACGCAAGGCAUCUAGUUUGGCUUCACUGAAUACCACUCAGAAAAUGGGGUGGAUAAUUCAGUUUGUCAUGGUCAUUUCUGAGCCUCGCUCCCUCUCUCAUCUUGGAGACUGUUAUGUUUUUUCUAAAAACGAAAUGUUCUAUAUAAAUAUUACCCAAGCAGGUAUUUCUGCUUAAGCCAUUUGGUUACCAAAUGGUUUCAAUGAACUCAGUAUUGGGAGCUCCAAAUAAAACAUAUCUUCUCUAAUUUAAAAACAAAACCAAACUCAGCUACAAAGUCAUGAAGUACGAAUUCCACUCUGCGAAAGAAAUACUGGGACUUGUAAUUCUUCUAUUUCUCUGUCCCACCCAGAGAGUGACGUUUCGUGAUUUAUUGCCAGCCGGGAUACUUUUAUAAAAACGUAGUACUGCUCUGUUUUCUCGUCCGGCCGAACAGGUCCUUCCCCAUCCCUGAGCCCCGCUGUGGCACUUGUUGUCCAUAGUAUUGGUGUCGUGUGUGAUUUGCUGCAUGACCGUGUGUUGGUCAGUUGAGCCGUGUGUAAACUGAUGUACCGCUGGUGUUUUAACACUGUGUCUCUGUAACUGUUUGCGCUGCUAGCUGCUACACUGAAGCAACCAUGCUGUUCUCAAGGCAGUCUACCCUUGAUGAUUUAGAUGGACCAGAAACUGUUCCUAAAACAAGUGAGCGUGCUCGACCUAGGCUUCGUAAAAUGUUCAGCAUGGAUAUGUCCUCCUCAUCAGCUGACAGUGGCAGUUUAGCAUCAAGCGAGCCCACGCAGUGCACCAUGCUGUACUCUCGCCAGGGGACCACGGAAACCAUAGCGGAGGUGGAGGCCGAGCAGGAUGACGAGGCGGUGGCCAAAGACGCUGAUCAGGGAGGGGAGGAGGCCGCGGACUUGGGGCCGGUGGAGGCCUCGGAGGCCGGCCUCACCCCAGAUGCCGAGCUGCCGCACUACUCCACCGAGGAUGGGGACGUGGAGGCGCCUCCCUCCUACAGCAAGGCGGUCAGCUUCGAGCGCCUGUCCUUUGGCUCGCGGGACGACUCUGCAGGCCAGAGCCACAUGGCCGUGAGCCCUGACGAGAGCCGCUCAGACAGGCUCGAGUCCAGCAUCUUACCGCCCCUGACUCACGAGCUGACGGCCAGCGAGCUGCUGCUGAACAAGAUGUUCCAUGAUGACGAGCUGGAAGAGUCCGAAAAAUUCUACGUUGGCCAACCCCGGUUCUUGCUGUUGUUCUAUGCCAUGUACAACACUCUGGUGGCCCGCUCAGAAAUGGUGUGUUAUUUUGUGAUCAUCCUCAACCACGUGGUCUCUGCCUCCAUGAUCACCCUUGUGCUUCCCAUUCUGAUCUUCCUCUGGGCCAUGCUGUCUGUGCCCAGGCCCAGUAGACGAUUCUGGAUGAUGGCCAUUGUCUACACAGAGGUGGCAAUUGUGGUCAAGUAUUUCUUCCAAUUUGGCUUCUUUCCCUGGAACAAGAACGUGGAAUUGAACAAAGAUAAACCUUUCCACCCACCGAAUAUCAUAGGAGUGGAGAAGAAAGAAGGCUACGUCCUUUAUGAUCUCAUUCAGCUCUUGGCUCUUUUCUUCCAUCGGUCCAUUUUGAAGUGCCACGGCUUAUGGGAUGAAGAUGACAUCACCGACAGUGGCACAGACAAGGAAGAGUCGGAUGAUGAGCUGUCCCUCAGUGGUGGCAGGAGAGCCUCCUCUGAUUCUCUGAAAUCCAUCAACCUGGCCGCGUCAGCGGAGUCGGUGCAUGUGUCCUUCCCGGAGCAGCCCACGGCCAUCCGGAGGAAGCGAUCGGGCAGUAGCUCCCAGAUAUCCCCCAGAUCCAGCUUUUCUUCCAAUAGGUCCAAAAGAGGCAGCACAAGCACCCGAAACAGCAGUCAAAAAGGAAGCAGUGUUUUGAGCAUCAAGCAGAAAAGUAAAAGGGAUCUUUAUAUGGAAAAGCUUCAAGAACGUUUAAUCAAAGCAAAAGCAUUUACCAUAAAGAAGACUUUGCAAAUAUAUGUGCCCAUCAGACAGUUCUUCUACAACCUCAUCCAUCCAGACUACAGUGCCGUGACCGAUGUGUAUGUGCUCAUGUUCCUGGCUGACACUGUUGACUUUGUCAUCAUCGUCUUUGGCUUCUGGGCCUUUGGGAAACACUCAGCAGCAGCAGACAUCACCUCUUCGCUGUCAGAGGACCAGGUGCCUGGGCCUUUUUUGGUGAUGGUCCUAAUUCAGUUUGGAACCAUGGUCGUGGACCGAGCACUAUACCUCAGGAAGACCGUCCUGGGAAAGGUCAUUUUCCAGGUCAUUCUUGUGUUUGGAAUUCACUUCUGGAUGUUCUUCAUCUUGCCUGGUGUGACUGAGAGGAAAUUCAGCCAGAACCUGGUUGCUCAGCUUUGGUACUUUGUGAAAUGUGUUUACUUUGGGUUGUCUGCCUACCAAAUCCGUUGUGGCUACCCAACGCGAGUCCUUGGAAACUUCCUCACCAAGAGCUACAAUUAUGUCAACCUCUUCUUGUUUCAAGGGUAAGGAAGGACACUCUGUGUUGUCACAGUCACUCACAGAGGGGAGGCUUGGCAAUAGAAAGGCACUUGUUUCCUUGGGAAGAAACAGGAAGGUGAAAAAAGGCUGAUGGGGCAAUUUAGAUCAUCACAGAACUCUUAUGACUUUUGGUAAAAGACAGGUACGCCUCUUGAAAUAGCCUUUCUAGGUGUAGUUGCCACACACCUGGUCAGCAUGGAGUUCUAGAAUUAUCCACAUGGGUUAAUUUUCUAUUACUGGAUCCUGCAUAAUUACUGUGCUAACAUUUCAGGAUGAAAACCAGGGAUACACGAUCCUUAGGUAUUAAUGUAUUUCUGGGCACAAUGGAACAGAAAUUCGGCAUUUGUACUAUUUGAAGAUCCCCUUGGAAUUUUGCGUAUACAAUGAGUUCCUCCGUUGAAGAGGGCCAUUUAUUCCACCUAACGUCAACCUGAAUGCCACAUGACUUGCUUGUCCCUGGUAGUAAGUUAGCUACUAGACAAGGCCUAUCGGCUCUUCCGUGUAAGAAUUUCGUUGGUAGUAUCUCCUCUCUGUUCCAAUGAAGAUCAUACCACAGCCCGGAAGGUGAGGCUGCUCAUGGCACCGCUGGCUCCUUGGUUGUACCAGACCUGGCGACAGGUGACUUAGUCACAGAAGAGGUGUUGAGUGUGCUCGGUCAGUCACUUAGUGGUGUUCUCUGUGUAUGGCCUGAUAUUUCUUCAAUGGGCUGGAUUAGUGUUCACUUGGCAGAGCUGAGUGGCCUAGGGGAGAAUUUCCGAGUAUAACCCAAGCGGCUCUGAAGAGCCUAGGGUGAACCUAGGUCUCCAGCUGGGAGAAGCUCUGUGUUAGUCAAGAAACAGGGAAUAGUUCCUAGGCCAGAGAGGAGCCCACGCCAACCCAUUCCCAAAUAUGAGAACGUAAGUCCAGAAUCUUAUUAACCUGAGGCAGCUACUCAGUCC